AUGGGACUCACAGCUGGGGACUUCCGACAUCUUCAUGAAGAAGUGACAAUGUUGUUGAAGAAUGGUCACCUCAGAGAAUUUUUAAGUGACCGCGCCAAAAGCAACUAUGGGAGAAAUCGAGAUGUUGCAGAACCAUCAAAACCGGCUAUAGGGUCACAUCGUAUGACGAUAAACAUGAUCCUCGGUGGAGACGAAGUAAAUGGGGUGAUAUUUUCGGCUGCGAAGAAGACGAAUAUAUCGGUGACUCAUGGAAAGAGGAUCCGAGAAGUCUCAGAAGAUGACAUCAUCUUCACUGAAGAAGAUGUUGAUGGACUUCUUCUACCGCACAAUCAUGCUUCGGUAAAAUCUCUUAGUGUUUUAGAUUUCAAAAUUAAGCGUGUUUUAGUUGAUCCAGGAAGUUUAGCCAACAUCGUACAAUGGAGUUUUUUGGAGCAAGCGAAGCUAAUCGAGAACAUCAUUACCACGACAAAGUUUCUAGCUGGCUUCAACUUAAAAAUUAUGACAACCCGAGGAGAAAUUUUGUUGCUCACACAUGCCGAAGGAGUAACAAAGACUACCAUGUUCGAAGUGGUAGAUGGCGACAUGGGUAAUCCUCGGAAGGCCUUGAAUACAUGCAAUGAAGGUUAUACCUUCAACAUACCAUCAAUUGUUGAAAUUUUCGAAACAUGA